CGUGUGGCCGACCUGUUCCACCUGCCUGCCUUAGAGGAGGCUGUGGUAGGCUUUCUGGUGGAGCAUCUGUCUGAGCUGAGUCAGAGCCAGCAGGACGAAGCCCUGCAGCUUCCCUACCGCCUCCUCAGGGAGGUGCUAAAGAGCGACCGCCUCACCUCUCUGAGUGAGGAGGAGAUAUGGAAGUUGGUUGUUCUGUGGCUGGAACACGACUGCCGGUACCAGUACACCGAGGAUCUCCUGCAGCACGUCCGCUACGGCCUGAUGGAUGUUCCCACCUUACACCACCUUGCCCACAGCCACCCUCUGGUCCAGUCCAGCCCUACUGCUGCCGCCCUGGUGGAUGAAGCGCUGGACUACCACCACUCCACUUUUGCUCAGCCCCUCCACCAGUCGGCCGGCACCAGGCCUCGCUUCCAGUCCCUCACCCUCUACAUACUCGGGGGGCGGAAACGGGAGGUGAGCCGAGUCAAGGAGCUGCGCUACUUCAACCCCUCAGCACAAGAGCAUGUACGCGUGGCAGUUGGUGGUGAGGCGGAGCACGCCACUGGGAGGACGUGUGCAGUGAGGACUGCAUGUAGGUAUGACCCAAGGGACAACCGGUGGAUUGAGAUAGCCCCCAUGAAGGCCUGCAGAGAACACUUUGUCUUAGGAGUGUUGGGUCAGUACCUGUAUGCAGUGGGCGGUAGGAAUGAGCUGAGGCAAGUGCUGCCCUCUGUGGAGCGCUACUGCCCCAAAAGGAACAAAUGGACAUUUGUCCAACCCUUCGACCGCUCACUGUCCUGCCACGCCGGCUGUGUGGCCGAUAACCUGCUCUGGGUUUCAGGUGGAGUUACAAAUACUGCGCAGUACCAAAACCGGCUGAUGGUGUACAACCCAGACCAGGAUCAGUGGCUGGCCCGCAGUCCUAUGCUGCAGAGGCGAGUGUACCACGUCAUGGCGGCGGUGAGGAGGCAGCUCUAUGUGCUGGGUGGAAACGACCUGGAUUACAACAACGACCGCGUCCUGGUCCGGCACAUCGACUCCUACAACAUGGACCUAGAUCAGUGGACCCGCUGCUCCUUCAGCCUCCUCACAGGUCAAAACGAGUCUGGAGUGGCCGUUCAUGACGACAGGAUCUAUGUGGUCGGAGGAUACUCCAUCUGGACCAACGAGCCUCUGGCGUGCAUCCAGGUUCUGGAUCUGAGCACAGAAGGGAAGGAGGAGGUUUUCUACGGGCCAACACUGCCUUUUGCUUCCAACGGGAUAGCUACCUGUUUCCUCCCCGCUCCUCACUUCACCUGUCCAAACCUACAGACUCUACAAGUCCCCCACCACAGGAUCGGUGCCGUGUGACCCAUACACACCCAGCUAAACUCUGGACAGUACUGUAAUAGAAGUAAACAUGCUGGAACCCGAGUGCUCGCUCAUACAGAUGUUCUCUGGCCUUCAGAUGUAUCCUGAAGACUCCAGAUUUCCAAGAGCCAUGCUAAUCUAGAUGCUACAAUGAACAAGCUGGCACAGAGUAUGUGCUGUAAUCUCCUGAAAACACGGUUACAUUCUGGGAUGUUACGCUGAGUAAAGUUACUCCAGAACCCGGAAGUGAUCGGUACUGCUCUGCUCUACUAACCAUCUGCAUUUAAACUGUCGUCAUAGGAUUUUUCUACAGAAACACACCCCUACACAAGCUUAUAGCUAUUUUCACCUCAUUGGCCUAAUUUCUUUCUCCUGAAAAUUUUAACCGUAUUUUUUUUUUUUGGUAAAAACACAAUUUUAUUUUAUUUUUAUUUAAAACAUAAGACUUCGAUUUGACGAUUCUCCUGCAAAAAAAGCAGUGACAUGAUGUGUGUGUGUGAUUCUUUUAUGUUCUGCCCAGGACCUGAAGACUGUUUAAGUUCAAAUGUCUGGUCAGUAAAAAUCAAGCAUUGGUUUGUUGAAUAUGCUCCAACAUACGUAUGAUAUUAUUGUGUUGACUUUAAAGAGAUGCUUUGACCACGAGAGGGAAAAAGAUGCCUGCACUUCCCUCUGCUACUCGUCUGCAAGAUUAUAUUAUGGAAAGUUUGCAGAUUUAAGACCCUACAUAAAUAAAAUGUUGCAAUGCGUUUGCAUUAGUAAAAUGAAAAUGUCAAAGAUUGUCUUUUAGCAGCCACAGAUACUCCCUCAGUUCUGCACACGCUGUCCAUUCACGUCUGGACUUAAGGAAAGAGCAGAUGCUUUGCAGCCAGAUGAGGCUGGAAAAUGACAGAAAAUGGGACUUGGUGAUUGUGAGAGACUUCAUGCGAUUAUGCGCAACCAAAGAUGGAUUGCACAAGAUUGUUGCAACUUACAAGUUCAAGAAAUAGAAUUGGAACAAAAUGUACUCCCUCCUGCCCCUUUACCCCUUUUCUUGGUGUUAAACUAUUUGGGCUCCUC